CUCUCCAUUGGCCUUUGUUGCCGUCGGAGCGCCCCGCUUGACUCGUUCCCGUCCGCCCCCUGGGCCCAGCGGACGCGCCUGCGCACUGGCAGCUGGCCGGGUGCUCGCAGGGGGAGCUGCUGCAGGCUCCGCGGCGGCGGCAACGGAGGCUGCGGGGGCGGCGGUGCUAGCGGCCGGGCUUGGGGGGGGAUCCGAGCCCGGCCCGGGAGCCCGAGCAGCGAGAGUGCGGGGUACCUAGGCCUUUCACGCUGGACUCCACAGUCUCCGGGCCGCCUGACCUCCGCACGGGUAUAUGGGAUGGAAGCGGGACCCUCGGGAGCAGCUGCAGGUGCCUACCUGCCCCCCCUGCAGCAGGUGUUCCAGGCACCUCGCCGGCCUGGCAUUGGCACUGUGGGGAAACCAAUCAAGCUCCUGGCCAAUUACUUCGAAGUGGACAUCCCUAAGAUCGACGUCUACCACUACGAGGUGGACAUCAAGCCAGACAAGUGUCCCCGCAGAGUUAACAGGGAAGUGGUGGAGUACAUGGUCCAGCAUUUCAAGCCUCAGAUCUUUGGUGAUCGCAAGCCCGUGUAUGAUGGAAAGAAGAACAUUUAUACUGUCACAGCACUGCCCAUUGGCAACGAACGGGUCGACUUUGAGGUGACAAUCCCUGGGGAAGGAAAAGAUCGAAUCUUUAAGGUCUCCAUCAAGUGGCUAGCCAUUGUGAGCUGGCGCAUGCUUCAUGAGGCCUUGGUCAGUGGCCAGAUCCCUGUUCCCCUGGAGUCUGUGCAAGCCCUGGAUGUGGCCAUGAGACACCUGGCAUCCAUGAGGUACACCCCUGUGGGCCGCUCCUUCUUCUCACCGCCUGAGGGCUACUACCACCCGCUGGGGGGUGGGCGCGAGGUCUGGUUCGGCUUUCACCAGUCUGUGCGCCCAGCCAUGUGGAAGAUGAUGCUCAACAUUGAUGUCUCAGCCACGGCUUUCUACAAGGCACAGCCCGUGAUUGAGUUCAUGUGUGAGGUGCUGGACAUCAGGAACAUAGACGAACAGCCCAAGCCCCUCACGGACUCUCAGCGUGUUCGCUUCACCAAGGAGAUCAAGGGCCUGAAGGUGGAAGUGACCCACUGUGGACAGAUGAAGAGGAAGUACCGCGUGUGUAAUGUUACCCGCCGCCCUGCUAGCCAUCAGACGUUUCCUUUGCAGCUGGAGAGUGGACAGACUGUGGAGUGCACAGUGGCACAGUAUUUCAAGCAGAAAUACAACCUGCAGCUCAAGUAUCCCCAUCUACCCUGCCUGCAAGUUGGCCAGGAACAAAAGCACACCUACUUGCCCUUAGAGGUGUGUAACAUUGUGGCUGGACAGCGCUGCAUUAAGAAGCUGACUGACAACCAGACCUCCACCAUGAUAAAGGCUACGGCACGUUCGGCCCCAGACCGACAGGAGGAGAUCAGCCGACUGAUGAAGAAUGCCAGCUACAACCUGGAUCCCUACAUCCAGGAAUUUGGGAUCAAAGUAAAGGAUGACAUGACGGAGGUGACAGGGCGAGUGCUGCCGGCGCCCAUCUUGCAGUACGGCGGCCGGGUGAGCAGGAACCGGGCCAUUGCCACACCCAAUCAGGGUGUCUGGGACAUGCGGGGAAAACAGUUCUACAAUGGGAUUGAGAUCAAAGUCUGGGCCAUUGCCUGCUUCGCACCCCAAAAACAGUGUCGAGAAGAGGUGCUCAAGAACUUCACAGACCAACUGCGGAAGAUUUCCAAGGAUGCAGGGAUGCCUAUCCAGGGCCAGCCCUGCUUCUGCAAGUACGCACAGGGGGCAGACAGCGUGGAGCCCAUGUUCCGGCAUCUCAAGAACACCUACUCAGGGCUGCAGCUCAUCAUCGUCAUCCUGCCAGGAAAGACACCAGUGUAUGCUGAGGUGAAACGUGUUGGAGAUACGCUUUUGGGGAUGGCUACACAGUGUGUGCAGGUGAAGAACGUGGUCAAGACUUCGCCUCAGACUCUCUCCAACCUUUGCCUAAAGAUCAAUGUCAAACUUGGUGGCAUUAACAACAUCCUGGUUCCACACCAGCGCUCUGCUGUCUUUCAACAGCCAGUGAUAUUCCUGGGAGCAGAUGUUACACACCCCCCAGCAGGGGAUGGGAAAAAACCUUCUAUUACAGCAGUAGUAGGCAGUAUGGAUGCCCACCCCAGCCGAUACUGUGCUACCGUGCGGGUGCAGAGACCUCGGCAGGAGAUCAUUGAAGACUUGUCCUACAUGGUGCGUGAGCUGCUCAUCCAGUUUUACAAAUCCACCCGCUUCAAGCCUACUCGCAUCAUCUUCUACCGAGACGGGGUCCCUGAAGGCCAGCUCCCACAGAUCCUCCACUAUGAGUUGCUGGCCAUUCGUGAUGCCUGCAUCAAACUGGAAAAGGACUACCAGCCUGGCAUUACCUACAUUGUGGUGCAGAAGCGCCAUCACACCCGCCUUUUUUGUGCUGAUAAGAACGAGCGAAUUGGGAAGAGUGGUAACAUCCCAGCGGGGACGACUGUGGACACCAACAUCACCCACCCCUUUGAGUUUGACUUCUAUCUCUGCAGCCACGCAGGCAUCCAGGGCACCAGCCGACCUUCCCAUUACUAUGUCCUUUGGGAUGACAACCGCUUCACAGCAGAUGAGCUCCAGAUCUUGACAUACCAGCUGUGCCACACUUACGUACGAUGUACACGUUCUGUCUCUAUCCCAGCACCUGCCUACUAUGCUCGUUUGGUGGCUUUCCGGGCACGAUAUCAUCUGGUGGACAAGGAGCAUGACAGUGGAGAGGGAAGUCACAUAUCGGGGCAGAGCAAUGGGAGGGACCCCCAGGCUCUGGCCAAAGCCGUGCAGGUUCACCAGGACACUCUGCGCACCAUGUACUUCGCUUGAAGGAACGCUGUUACCUCACUGGAUAGAAGAAAGCUUUCCAAGCCCCAGGAGUUUGUGCCACCCAAAUUCAGAGGAAGCAAGGAGGAGGGAGGUGGGGUAGGGAGGAGUGCAGAAGGCCUUAUUUCUUUCUGAAGAGUGGGUAUAAGGAUUGGAAGCAGGGCCAGCAAGACAGACCACCAGCGAGAAAUCUCUAAAAUCAACCUCAUGUCCCCCACCCUUCACCCCAUCUUGAUGCAUCUGGCCCUGACCCCACUGGACCAAGAGGGGCAGCACAGAUGUCCACCAUCCACACAGAUGUCUCAUGUGACUCACAGUGCUUAAAGACUCAUCUGGACAGCUUGGUUAAGGUUGGCUCCGCAGCCCUGUGGACAAAAGCUGGUAGGUUUGGGUUUAAUCCUGUAGAUGGGAAAAUGAGGGGCUUGAGAAAAUGGGUGGGAGAGGGAAGGAUUUUUUUAGGAGCCUUAAUCAGAAAAGCUCUAGAUUUGUUUAAGAAGAAAAAUGAAAUCAGACCCAGAUCAAUAUUUUAGGAUACUAGAUGUUUUAAUGGGUUCAGAAUCCAGUUUGUAGCAAGAUUUUUAAUGCUAAUGGUUUUGGUUGCUCCUCCCCCAGCUGCCACCACCCUUGCCCGUAUUCCUGUCUCCACAUUUUUCUACCCCACCUGACACCUCCCUGACAGACAUCUAGCCCCUAGUAACACUUAAGGCACUAUGGCACUUAGCUCUGAAGUGACACGACCCUGUCUUCCUUCCGCCUGCUGGUGGGUAACCAGUGCCUUCCCUGUAACGGUAAUGCUGCAGAACUGCAACCUUUUGUACCUUUCUUUGGGGGAUAGGGGUGGGGGUGGGAGAGGAGGUAGGUGGGGAAGAAAUAUCCAGAAACCAACAGGCCUCAAGCCAGCUAUUUUGCAUUUGAAGGAAUAGACUUCUGUGUUCAAUAAGCUUUUUAAAAGAUCACAACCUCAAGAUGGUUCGGAUCCAUUGACAUUUGCACUUUCAGACACGACCAGUCUAGGAGCUGCUGAGAUGACGGGCCCCAGGCCUUUCCACUGAAGCCUCCUUUUCUGCCCCCAUCACCCCUACCUCCACCCCACAGGGGCCCAGAGUUAACUUUCAUAACAUUUCUCACUGUUGGUUUCUUUUUCUCCUCUGAUGGUCAAAUCUCUUAAUUUCAAUAUUUCUUAACUGGGGUAUCUUGCAACGAAUGAUCCUGGUCUCAAAUGAGAAAAAAAAACACUGAAUAUUAUUUUUAUAUCACAACUUGAGUCUGUUGCCAAAAUCUGGAAGUCCCUCCCAUACCUGAUGAGUUUACAUCCCGCAAACAUUGAGCCGUCAGAA